GUGGACAAUUAAAACCGUCGCACUUUACACACAUGCGCCUACUGCAGUGACGUAACAACUUACGUGACACAUUUUGGUCACAUGACCACAGUGUACCCCAGCUGAGCAUGUACCAGGAAGUACCAGCUCCAGUUUCAUCAUGCUAGCAGGCGACAUCAAUGAUGAAGACGUGUUUGAUGCGGAGGAAGAUGCGGGGAAAAGGUCAAAGAGGUCAAAGAUUAAGCAUCCAGUGGCCGUCUUCUUCCACCUCUUCUUCAGAGUCACUGCCAUCCUCGUCUACCUGUUCUGUGAGAUUUUUGGUCCAAGCUUCAUUGGCGGCAUGGUGACAAUAAUCCUCCUGCUGUCAUGUGACUUCUGGACUGUAAAGAACAUCUCUGGGAGAUUGAUGGUUGGCCUAAGGUGGUGGAACCAGGUGGAUGAUGAUGGACGUAGCCACUGGGUGUUUGAGUCUAGGAAGGGAACCGGGAAGCAACAAGCGUCGGAUUCUGAGUCCCGAAUCUUCUGGCUGGGACUGAUUAUAUGUCCAGUCGUCUGGGUCAUCUUUGUUUUCAGCAACCUCUUUGUCUUCAACCUUAAAUGGCUGCCUGUAGUGAUCAUGGGCCUGGUGCUGCAAGGCGCCAACCUCUAUGGUUAUGUGCGGUGUAAGGUGGGAGGAAAGACCAGCUUAAAGAAUAUGGCUACCAAUUACUUUGGACGACAGUUCCUCAAACAGGCGCUGUCAAAAGAAGAGGAAUCAUAGAGUGCAGCUCUGCGAUUUGAACAAGUUUGCAUUAUUCUUAAUGCUGUUAUUCUUUUAGGACAUAGGAAGAAACCUUUUUGCACCAUGAAACUUUUUUUAACUUAGUGUGUGAUUCAGUCAACCACAGUAGAAAGAGUUCUUUUGGUUUCCACAGAGAAGUCUGGUAGCAGUUUUCAACAGCUGAAGCCCAGCAAUAAACCCUCACAGACUUUAGCUGAUGCUGAAGUGUAGAUGCAUGACUGAAAAAGGGGUGUAGGGGCUCGAAAUGCUAAACUGCCUGUAGUUUGAUAUGUCAUGUAGUCUUACAGCUCCCUAUUUAGUUUGUUUCCAUUGCCUCUUAACUUCAAUCUUUAUGAAAUUAAAUGAUGUGUGCAGUUUGUGAGAUGUAUUGUACAAACAUUUUUGUUUGUAUAAUAGACAAGGUUGUAAGAGUGUGUAAUAUCCCAACAGAUGUGUAAAUAUGUUUGUAAAGAAACGGUGGAACAUCUUUUGUGCUAAUACAUUUGUAACAUUUUUCCGAACAGUGUGGUGGUUUUUAUUAAUACACAAAGUUAUUCACUGUAAAACUGUGUGCAAUAUAACCACGGACUGAGAUUUUGUUGCAGGUCUUAUCUGUUUCUUUACAGUAGUUUUUAUGUGAAAACUCCCUUUUUACAAAAUGUGUUUGUCACCACAACAGCAUUUCCCAAAUUACCUUUCUCGUUUUUGGAAAAAGAAAUAAUAUUGAGCAGACUUUUAAUAUGUUUGUUUUGGUUUGUUUGUUGUAUUUUCCUCGGUCUUUACUCGUGAUUAUUAACCACAUGUUUUCAACGUUGUAUUUAUUAUUGAACAAUUGGACAUGUUUUGGUCCGCUAAUAUACUGCAGCGACUCCCAGCGGUUUGUUUAAGUCACUGCAUGUAACAUGCUAAUAUUUGGGAUCGAUCUAAAGAUCAUCUUCUCGGGAAGAAACACGUCGCAGUACCUUUAAAUAUUAACGUUACUAUGAUUGUGCGGAUAAUUAAUUUCUAUUAAAACGAGAUUCUUUAUUAGCCA